AUGAUAAGACUGUCCUCUAUUUAUUGGGUAGGAAAUGCAGAAAUCAAUGAAAGAAGCCUUGUCGAGUGGCAAGCUAAAAGCACAUGA